AUGCCAAGACCACCAAACCAGACCACCAAGCCAGACCUCCAUGCCAAGACUCUGUGCCAAGACCACCAAGCCAGACCUUCAUGCCAAGACUCCACGCCAAGACCACCAAAUCAGACCACCAAGCCAGACCUCCAUGCCAAGACCUCCAUGCCAAGACCUCCAAGCCAGACCUCCAUGCCAAGACCUCCAUGCCAAGACCUCCAAGCCAGACCACCAAGCCAGACCUCCAUGCCAAGACCUCCAUGCCAAGACCUCCAAGCCAGACCACCAAGCCAGACCUCCAUGCCAAGACUUCCAAGCCAGACCACCAACCCAGACCUCCAUCCCAAGACCUCCAUGCCAAGACCUCCAAGCCAGACCACCAAGCCAGAUCUCCAUGCCAAGACCUCCAUGCCAAGACCUCCAUGCCAAGACCUCCAUGCCAAGACCACCAAACCAGACCACCAAGCCAGAUCUCCAUGCCAAGACCUCCAUCCCAAGACCUCCAUCCCAAGACCUCCAAGCCAGACCACCAAGCCAGACCUCCAUGCCAAGACCUCCAUGCCAGGACCACCAAACCAGACCACCAAGCCAGAUCUCCAUGCCAAGACCUCCAUGCCAAGACCUCCAUGCCAAGACCUCCAUGCCAAGACCUCCAAGCCAGACCUCCAAGUCAGACCUCCAGGCCAAGACCUCCUGGCUCUCAGGAAUAACCCCUAUGCCCUGGUGUUUGUUCUGACCAGUUCCUGGAUGCCGGAGAGGACACCUACACCAGACCACCAUCCUCAGUGA